AUGGUGAAGCGCGGCAAUGGUCUCUCUCCACAAAAAGAUCUCCGUCGUUCAAGUCGUGAGCGGUCUAUGGUUUACCGCAGUUUAGCAGAGAAUGAUCUCGCUGAACGCCAUUUACGUGGCAGUUUUAUGAAAAGUAUAAUUCGAACGGCGACGGCACAAUUACAUAAGUGUUGUCCAUUAGCGCUAACAUUUCUUGUUGAGCUCAACUCUUCACAGGAGCUCAUUCAAGCACAACCUGCUGCUGGCUACACGCGGUCUGGGAGAAGAAUCGCAGGGAGCAAUCAUUACGAAGAGAGUGAUUCUUCAGAUGAACGCGAAUAUGAAAAAACGAGGCGAAGAAGGUAUGUUAAGGAAGUAUAUACUGAAGAAAGUGUGCGUUCGCCUAGCCCCAAACGUGUAUCAGUCAGGAGACGGGAUCUGAGGGAAGUUGGAGACCAUCAUGAGGAAGAACAAAGUGCGCAAGGAGAUCCAGCACAGUACGAUAUAGAAGCUGCCAACAUGUACGAUACAAUCAAAAGGGAAAGGAAAACUAUAACGUCCGACUUCUCUUCCAACUCUCCUACCUCCAUCAAUGGAAAUCAUUCUAAAGGGGCUUCUGAGUCUGCUCGUAGUCUGCGUCAUGCAAAUAGAGAACGCAUGUCGACAGGUGAUGCCGUAAAGGAUGAACCCAAUGGUGAGGUGGAAGGAAGUCAAUCUAGCGAAGAGACCGACGAGGACGAUGAGGAAAAGACGCCUGAACCUCGCCAGUAUUCGCUAAGAAAAUUCCGUCAGCCCGUUGAUCGAUUCGCGGCUACUGUGACCUUGAAAGAGAAGGAGAGCCAUAGGUUCAGAGAAGAGAGAAAUGAACGAACUCGUGGUCGAUCCACAGAUCGAAGGGAUCGCAAAGCAAAACGUUCAUCGAAACGGCGCCGGCGCGACAUGCGCAGUGACUCUUCUUCCACUUCGUCUAGUGGUAGCAGUGAUGAUCGUAUCAGAACUCGUAAUGAUGACGUGCGAUUUGAACGACGAAAGGAGAGAAGCCUAGCGAAAGCCCGCGAUCGAUAUAUGCCCAUCAACCUCAAUGCGAAAGAUUUAACAUCGAGCCAAGCAGUAAUUCGUGAACGCUUACGCCAAACAGGGGGAUCAUGUACAGAUAUAGACCCGAUGAGCAUUGACAAAGGCAUUGGUUUCGAACAGGUGGGAGGCCUGGGAGCACAUAUCCAGUCGUUAAAAGAGGUUGUGCUGUUCCCGAUGUUAUAUCCUGAAAUAUUCAAGCAGUUUAAUAUUACGCCUCCUAAAGGGGUUGUUUUCUACGGGCCACCAGGAACCGGAAAAACACUAAUGGCUCGUGCUUUGGCGAAUGAAUGCUCCAAAGGUGGAAAGAAGGUGGCAUUCUUCAUGCGAAAAGGUGCAGACUGUCUUAGCAAGUGGGUAGGCGAAGCAGAAAGACAGCUACGUGUGUUGUUCGACCAAGCAUACGCAAUGCGCCCCUCCAUCAUCUUCUUCGACGAGAUUGAUGGGCUUGCUCCGGUUCGAUCGUCGAAGCAAGACCAGAUUCACUCCAGUAUUGUAAGCACACUAUUAGCUCUGAUGGAUGGAUUGGACAACCGCGGAGAGGUGGUGGUCAUUGGCGCUACCAAUCGUCUGGACACAUUGGAUCCAGCUCUCCGGCGUCCAGGAAGAUUCGAUAGGGAAUUGAAGUUCUCACUGCCCGAUGCGAAUGCUAGGAAACAAAUACUAACCAUUCAUACAGCAAAAUGGGGAGCUUGUCAACCUGAUGAGAGCACGCUGACGUGGCUUGCGGAGGGAACCAGUGGCUAUUGUGGUGCCGAUUUACAGUACCUUUGCACCGAGGCUGUACUGGUCGCCUUGCGGUAUCGUUUUCCGCAUAUCUACAUGUCAGAAGAGCGCCUCAAGCUAGAUCCCUCUUUGCUUGUUGUUGAUAGGAACUGUUUUACAACUGCAAUGCGCCGGAUCACGCCUGCAUCAAGAAGGGAUCUUUCGAUCCCCUCUCGACAACUCGAUGAUCGAACUUCGAUAUUGCUGCUAAGCACAGUUACCUCAUUAUUGAACGUACGCAUACCGUCAGGGUACAAAAGCUCACAAUCAGUUCAAAACAGCUCAGCAUCCGAAUUGGAAAAAGUGGUUCGCGCUCUAGAACAGCCACCGUGUGUUCCAGCUGUGCGCCUGUUGAUCUGCGGCAGUCCAUCUCAUCCUGACCUGGGUCAGACGUCCUAUGUCUUACCUGCAGUACUCGGAAAGCUCGAUCAUCUCCCUGUGUUCUCUUUGGCAGUGGCCAGACUAUUCGCUGAUGGGAGACCGGAGGAAACAUUGGCGCAAACGAUUCAGUCGGCACUUCGUUCAGCAGCCAAUGGGCCGUGCGUUUUGCUUUUGCCAAGCAUUGACCAGUGGUAUGCAGUGGUUCCGCCGAGUGUUACACAUAUGCUCGCGACAGCACUCGACUCUAUGCAUGGUUUCACAUCCAUUCUGUUUCUGGCAUCAUGUGACCGUGCUUACGAUUCUUGUUGCUCAGAAAUCAAGGACCUGUUCUGUCCAUCACAGAGUGUCAGUCUUAGUCCACCUAAAGAACUUUACCGACGACACUAUUUUGAACAUAUCAUUGCUAAUGCUCGGAUUCCUCCGAAGGUUUUCGAUCCUUCGCUGUAUAAAGAACCAGAGAAAGCUGGUCCUGUGGACACUGCAAUAGAACGGAAGCUGAAUGAGAGAGAGGCAAGAGAGCUUGUCAAAGAGUAUGAGAGUCAGCUCCGUCGAUUCCGUAUUUGGGCAAGGGAUAAGCUAAGCGCUCUUCGGCGUGAUCGUCGCUUCACGAUUUUUGUCAAGCCCGUUGACGUAGAGGAUGUCGAGGAUUACUACGACGUUAUAAAGAAUCCAAUGUGUAUAUCGGAGAUGGAGGACAAAAUCGAUAGCUUUGCCCUUAAUGACGGUUCCAAUUUUAUAGGCAAGAAUAUCUUUCAUCCCGACCAUCUUUUGAGUGACAUUCGUUUAAUACGAGACAAUGCUAUUGAGUACAACCCGGCGACGACCGAAGAAGGUAGAAUUAUCAGGCAUAAUGCGCACGCUCUUUGGGAAACUGUUGUUGAUUUGUUCGAUGUCGAUUUGGAUGUGGAUUUUGUAGAAUCGCUUGAGAAUAAUGCCAAGAUGCUGGCUGACGCAGGUGCUAAACCCACCAACGAAAAGCUUUUGGAACUACCACCUGGCUUCAAAAGGACUGUGCCAUGGAGUGUUAAUGCGGGAUAUAUGACGCAAAUAGUGAAGGAAGACAGUGAAUCAAAGAAGAAUGAAAAACCAAUUGCACCUCAGAGGACCCUUGCUAACGGGAUGCAAAGGGUGAGAUUCCGAAGCAGAAGAAAAAAUGGUUAUGCUUUCCCAAAUUCGGCAAGAAGAGAAAGACAGCUGCUAUCUAGUGUUGAUGACAGCUCCGAGGAGCCGACCUCUCAAGGUGGUACAGAUGACGAGUUAGUGGAGAAUGGUGUCCCAAUGGAAAUAGUCGUUGAUGAGAAGAAGAAACCUGACUCACCCAGCAAGAAAUCACUUGUACUUUCGGAGGCGAAACUAGCUGAAGUUGUUAAUAAGUGCGUAGAACGUACUCACGGAUGGUCUGUGACCGAAUUGGAGCGGUUAGCCGCCGUGAUUGCCCAUGACAUCGAAGAAUAUCGGGACAAAUGGGACCGCUCAAAACUGCCGUCCAAGCUAAUAGCAACCAUCACUUCAUGGGAAAUGGACUUCCAGAACAGAGCUGGAGGAAAAACCGGUGGUGGUGGUGUUGCAUCCGCUCAGGAUGCUGGGGUGGAUCGAAGAGAACGACUGAGACAGCUGGCUUUGGAGACGAUUGAUUUGCAAAAGGAUCCGUAUUUCAUGCGAAAUCAUCUGGGCACUUAUGAGUGUAAAUUGUGUUUAACACUUCACAAUAAUGAAGGGUCGUAUCUUGCACAUACUCAAGGCAAAAAGCAUCAAUCGAAUUUGGCAAGACGAGCAGCCAAGGAAGCGCAAGAACAACCGUUUCUUCCUGCCCCUGCUCAACCCAAAAUUGAACUGCGAAAGUUUGUAAAGAUUGGUCGACCUGGUUACAAGGUAACACGUGAGCGUGAUCCAGCAACAGGCCAGCAAGCUCUGCUGUUUCAAAUUGACUAUCCUGAGAUUGCCGAAGGUAUCCAGCCAAGGCAUCGAUUUAUGUCUGCCUAUGAGCAGAAGAUUCAACCGCCAGAUAAGAGGUGGCAGUACUUGCUCUUUGCUGCGGAGCCUUAUGAAACGAUAGGAUUCAAAAUCCCAUCCAGGUUGGAAUGCUCUUCACUUCCUUCGCUAUUUUUGUUGUUUUAUAAGAGUGCCAAACGAUUAUGA